UUAUUUAUGCUCUUGGUCGAUUAUUAUUAUUAUCAUCACCAUCAUUCAUGUUAUUAUCAUCACCAUCAUUCAUGUUAUUUAAUGAUGAAGAUGGAGUUGGAGAUAUGUCACUAUUAUCCAAAUGA